AUGAAACUUGCUUCAUAUUACCAAAAUUUAAAUUAUCCAAUUGAUUUUAUUAUAAUUUACAUACGAGAAGCACAUGCAUCAGAUGGAUGGAAAUUUGAUGGAGAUGAAUUUAGUUUUAUACGAAAUCAUCGAAAUAUAAAUGAACGAUUAGAUGCUAUUAAAACAAUGGUAGAAAUGGCAAAUAUUACUAAAAAUCACAAUAUACAUAUUUAUUCUGAUACUAUGAAUGAUCGAGCAAAUCAUUUAUUUCGUGCUUGGCCAGAAAGACUUUAUGUUUUAUAUGAUGAAAAGAUUUUAUAUCGAAGUGGGCCCGGACCAAUUGGUUAUUCAAUACCAUCAUUGGAUUAUUUUUUAAAAAAGAAUAUUAUUGUUCAAAAUUAG